AUGAAUGUCCCAAGUGGUAUCGAACGGGAACCUGUACUGACUCGACUGGACACCACUACUGGACAUACGUCCGUUCUUUUCCUCGAACCUGGAAGUCGUUUCUCCCCAGAACUUAUCCUCAGACACGAGAGGGCCGGUAUCGAGUGCGCUACGUGCCACCAACCACUUUCUUUUCGCAAUGACAGCGGUCAAUUGACGCUGGGACAUUGGGAGGAACAUGUGGUGAGGUGUUCAGAACCUAAAAGCCUCCCUUCGCCACCGAAUACUGCUGAUGCUCGUCGUAUGAGACGCUCAGAAGCAGAGCGCAUCGCCUACUUCGUCAAUGACCCUCAUGUCGGGCAGGUAGAACCGUAUCAAGUGCUUUGCAAUGUCUGCAACCGUUGGAUUCGCCUUCGCUCUCAUUCGACCUAUUGCUCGAUUCCCUGGGACGCACAUCGCAACACUUGCCUGAAGAAGCAGGGGCAGCUUUUCAUCUCAGUUAGCCCGCCUCUGACCAGUCGUCCCCUCAAGCGUGCAAAAUACGGGUCGGCUCCGGCUGUGAAAGAGGAAGACGUGGAUGGAGAAUAUGAACUCGAGGAACCGACAGUGGCAAUGCCAAAACAAGACUCUGUGACGCUCACCCAACGAGUCGCUUUCUUUGCGAACGACCAGACCGUCAAGGAGUUUGACGAAAACGGGGCCCUGUGUGCUGUCUGUAGCGGGUGGGUUGCAUUUCGUACAGACAAUCAUGAAGUUGCGGUACAAGCCUGGCGCGAGCAUCGUCAUAAAUGUCCCCCCAGCCCAGUAGAAUCUAUACCAAGUCGGCCUGCUUCUCCGAGCGUUCUUCAACCACAUAUCCGCCUUCCGCUUCCUGAUGCACCGAACAUUACUGUCGAUCUCUCGCCACAACAGUACCAUCCUCCCCACCAGUUGCGUCAACGAAAUGCCGAAGACCGUCGUGCCCGACUCCAAUCAGACUUGUUGAUUCGUACUGUGGAGCCAAGUCGAGUUUUCUGCACGCUGUGCAAGAAAUGGGUGGCUCUGAGACGAGAUAGCAGCUAUUGUGCCUAUCCUUGGGUACAGCAUCGAGCCAAAUGUCUUGCGCGAUACGAACGGAAACUUCAAGAGCAGCGAGAACACGGGUCUGCGAAUGCAUCGACUAAUAGUCGGCCGGCCCAACUUGUCGCUUGCCAGCCUUCGCCGUCUUCUCCUUCAAACAAAACGAUUCCAAGUCAUCCUCCUCGCCAUGUACCUGGCUACGCACUUUCGUCGGUCCCAAUAGAAUCAACGAACGAAGACCUCAUCCACGAUGACUCGAGUGUGGUCCAGCGUGAUGAGCAAAAAGAUAAACCGGAGCUUCCGAAAACCCCUGUAAAACGCGCUAUGCGUCUCGAUCUUAACUUGGGAUCUGACCGCAAUGUCUUCGUUUGGUCUUCGAUCCGCUACCUGUUCUGCACCACGCAUGCGUCGAGUGACGAGCUCACUGUUUCUUCGUUGUUGGCCUAUGUUAACGCUGCACUACCCGUGGACAAACACGAGGAGUUUGACAUGCGGGAGGUGGUUGUUGCGGUUUCUGCUGCAUCUGGUGCUGAGUUUGUCCUUGAAGGUGAUGUUGUUCGUCCACGGAUUGGAUGA